AAGUUAUUUAUCUCUUAUCCAAAGAAAUCAGAAAAGUUUACUUUUGCUUACACACAUUUUCAAACACGACUGACAAGUGCGCGUGCGGCGAUUUCGUAAACGGUAGAAACCUACAAUUAAGUGUGAUGUUCCCAAAAUUAAUGCCCUGAUGCGUUUGGGUCACUCAGAAAAUAAUAUCGUUAGCUGUACAGCCUCUGUACUCACACGUGGAAGUAUCAUCGCCAGUCACCAUUGACAGUCCGACUGACAGACCGCGCUGUCAGCUGAUCGAUAAAAUAAGAAAGUUCACUUGAGGCCAACACGGUUGCAGGCUGCAGUCAGUCACUGGAUUGUUGUGGUUCGGGAUUGCUUGCUACUCAUUCAUUUGAUCUCCAACAUUGUGCAUUUGCACAAAGAAUCCGGAAGAGUGUUUCUUUGAUUAUGUUAAAUACUUUGUAAUCAUGCCAGAACCGAGAAAAAGCCAUGGAAUUGCUCCGAUUAUUUAUACCUGUUUACUGCUGAUACUGAAUAUAGCUUAUUUUGGAGCGUCGUUGAUUAUCAGCUACACCACGCAUUGUCUGACACUGCGUAUGGACUCCAAUUAUGUGUUGUUUGUUGUGGGCUCGCUGAUUGUUUCGCUGAUAGACAUGAAGUUUCGCAACGUGCGCUCGCUGAAAAACACAUUUGGAUGGGCGCGGAUAGAGUUUUUGGGCAGCCUUUUUAAUGCAACAUUUCUGGCGUCGCUGAGCUUUUCGGCUGCCGUGGAAUCCAUCCAACAGCUGAUUCAUCUCGCUGGGCACUCUGGACAUGAUCACGGUGUGCAUCAGGAUGAGGCGAUGACCAUUAUCAUAUUUGGAUUGAUCAGAUGUGGACUGGCCGUAAUCACGUUUUCCGCUCGCAUUGCUAUGAAAGACACUCAAACAAAGAUUGUUGUUAACUACACGCAAAAUGCCGGAGUGGAACUGUGCGUUUUGCAGCCGUCAAACAGUAAUGGCGACCAAAACAGUGAUUCAGAAUUAAGGCAUCUCCACAAAUCCCCGGUAUUGUCACCCAAUCUUCCCGUGGCCGUGAUACGGGAAACCGUUGGUCCUGUCACCAUUCUGGCGUGUGGCCUGAUUAUCUUCUUUUACGGUGCCCCGGAAACGUAUCGUUGGUACUUAUACGUCGAUCCCGCUAUUUGCCUGACCCAGCUGUUAAUUCUGGGACUGACACUGUUUCACAAUGCCAAAGAAUCAUCCAUGGCGCUCAUGUUGACCAUUCCACGUCAUGUGAAUAUUCUGGAGUUGCAAAAAAAGCUCAUCCGAACGUUUCCGCGGACAAUUUUGGACGUGCAUGAUUUUCACCUAUGGCGCUCUUCUCGCGAUCACUUAGUGGUUACAUGCCAUCUUAUUUGCACUUCCCUGGCAGAUUACGUUCGGGCUAGUGCAGAUAUUGACUGCUUCUUUCGCGGCGAAGGUAUCGAAGAGGUCACGAUACAACCGGAAGUACUGCCGGAUACUGAUCCAGAAAUCAAUGAUGUAAUGACACCUAACGCGUGCGCCUGCUGCGAAGCCAGCCCUAAAUGUUGCUCGUUAAAAGAAACAAGCCAACUGCAAGACAUUCGCAAGAGGACUAUUCACAAGCCAACGCCAGAGAUGGCUGACCUUGAAAUGGAUCCAACUACCAGCGGCGAUAGUGGGACCGAUGAACCGCAGGAAAAUACCAUAAUAUCUGUAGCUAACCCUUGAUAAAAUUCCAAAUGCUCAAGAUAAUCAACAAUCGUCUUUUGCGGUGUUCCAAAACAGGCAGCUUUCGGGAUAAAGCACCUAGUAUUGUAAUGUUGCACCGUUUUACUCAUCUGUUUUUAUCAUUGUGAUUUUUUAUCGAUUUCUUGCCUUCGCUUUUACACUCUCCAAAAGAACGCAGCUUUUUUCCAAAUCUGUUAUUGUUUUAUGAAGUUUUUUACUUUUUAUGUUAAAUUUUCCUACGAGUAUUUGUUACCGAAUCCAGGUACUGUGUUGUGGUCUUUCGUGAUCCGGUGCCUUGAUAAAAUAGUCCGUGAAUGCUUUUAAUAAAAAUUAUGAACAUAU